AUGAUUCUGUCGAGGACUGCUCAAAGCUCCUUCGGGCGACCGACAGGUCUCCGGACGAACCUCUCGAGAAGAAAGCACCUUUACACUUGGAAGAGCCCUGCUUCGACGAUCAGACGCGCAGCACUGCCGUCAGGAAAGCGUUGGACUUCCACUGAGGCCGGUGAUAAUGAAUCAGGCCACAUUCUGACCCAGAAAAAUGAGGGCAUCUUAUUUUUCGACAACGUCUUUCCCCUGAAGCUCCAAUGGCUCAAUCGUAUCCCCUGGCUAAACCCUGACAAGUUCCUGGCGACGUCCCUCAGCAAGGUGAAUCAACCGAAUCUUGCGCUGGCCGACCCCUCCAGUAUCAUCAAGCGAGCCCUGCCGGAAAACCUACCCCUCCACGUCAAAACUAUCUUACCGAGACUGCGAGAAGGUGGAGCUUUCGUCAAGUUCUCUCAUGAAGAUGGAAUCACCGCCACAGAGCUGGAAAGCACACUGAAACAAUAUCUCGAGGAAAAGCCCAUCACACCCUGGUUCAAUCCUUUUCGCAGGGUCCGCGCCUUCUUGGUGCAAGGGAAGCCGUGGAUCGAAGAUCUGUAUCGUGUGCCUACUCCCAGGAUCAAGGUCGAAUUCUUGCCCACAGCGCCUGAGAAUUCGGCAGCUGAAUUGACCCAAGAGACGCUGUAUUCGUUGUUCCGCCGGUAUGGAAAGCUCACAGAGAUCAUACCGCAGCCAUCUGACUCAAAGGUCGUGCCGAAAUAUGCCUAUGUCGACUACACGCGAGUGAGAUUCGCUACCAUGGCCAAGAAUUGCAUGCAUGGGUACGUCGUCCCGGCCGAAGAUGGCGGAGGAAAGACUGGAACGCUGCUCAAACUGAGCUAUGAGUCCAAACGCAAAACCCACUGGAUAUGGGACUGGGUGACGAACCACCCCAGGAUCGUCCUCCCGCUGUUGGUCGCGAUACUGACCGCAGCUUCCGUCGCCGUGUUCGACCCCAUCCGAACCUUCUUCAUCAGGAUGCACAUCACUCAUGGUCUUCACCUCGAGGAUCAGCGCGUCUUCAAGUGGGUUAGAAGCCAGCUUCUGCGAGGCUACGACAUCAUCAGGUUUCGAAAACAGGAUCGAGACGAGGACAACAUGAGAGUUGUGUGGGAAGAUCGCCAAGAGGCUAUCAACCAGCUGAAAACGUGGUUGAUUGAGACGGCAGACACAUUUAUCGUGGUACAAGGACCGCGCGGCGCAGGCAAGAAGGAGUUGGUCGUCGACCAAGCCUUGAAAGAUCGACCUCACAAACUGGUUAUUGACUGUAAGAAGAUUCAGGAAGCCCGUGGAGACAGCAGCACUAUUGCGGCAGCGGCGGCCGAGGUAGGCUAUCGCCCCGUGUUUUCGUGGAUGAACAGCAUCAGCAGCAUGGUCGAUCUUGCGGCAACAGCCACCAUUGGCACCAAGGCGGGAUUCUCGGAAACGUUGGACAACCAAUUGGCCAAGAUUUGGGGCAACACGACGACUGCGUUGAAGCAGAUUGCAUUGGCGCCACGCAAAAAGGACGACAAAGACGCGCACUUGGCAGACGACGAGUGGUUGGAAGCCCAUCCGGAGUGUCGACCCGUGGUGGUGAUUGACAACUUCUUGCACAAAAACAACGAGGGCGCCGCGAGUAUGGUGUAUGAUAAGCUGGGAGAAUGGGCUGCUGUUCUGACGACGCAGAACAUUGCCCAUGUCAUUUUUCUGACCACAGACGUGUCUUUCUCCAAGUCACUGAGUAAAGCACUACCUGACCGGGUUUUCCGGCAAAUCACGCUGAGUGAUUGCACUCCUGAAGUGGCGAAAAAGCUUGUGAUCAAGCACCUGGACGCUGACAUGGCCGAAGACGGUGCAUCAAGCGAGGGGAAGAUCAGCCCGUCACAAAUGAGAAGUGACCUCGAUGAGCUAGACGGAGUGAUCCAAGUGCUCGGAGGUCGCUUGACUGACCUCGAGUUCCUGGCGCGAAGGAUCAAGACGGGCGAAUCGCCCGGAAAAGCCGUACGACAGAUCAUUGAGCAAUCCGCAUCAGAGAUCCUGAAAAUGUAUCUUCUAGACGUCGAGGUUUCGAGCCGCAAGUGGACGCCUCAGCAAGCAUGGUUAUUGAUCAAAGAACUGGCGGCCAACGAGACCCUCAGAUACAACGAGCUCCUGCUCAAUGAUAUCUUCAAGGAUGGCGAAACUGUGCUGCAGGCUCUCGAGCAGGCAGAAUUGAUUACCAUCACGUCCAAGAACGGACGGCCGUACAGCAUCAAGCCCGGGAAGCCGGUGUACCAAUCCGCGUUCGAGUAUCUAACCGAGGACGACGUACUCAGAGCGAGACUUGAUUUGGCAAUUUUGUCCCAAUUGAUCAGCCUGGAGAACAAGAACGUGGAGAAAUACGAGGCGGAGCUGAAGACACUCGCAGAGAUGCCCGGGACGCCCAGUGAGCUGAAGCCGCGGAUCAAAUGGUGUCUGGGCAAAGCGAUGGCCAGCCAGGAGAAGAUCAUGCAGUACGAGGCACGAAGCGGGAAGUUGAAGAAGGUGCUUGCUGAGCAGUAUUGA